ACAAUAGUGGUAAAUAUUGCCAGCAAAAAGAAUAAAUUAAUCCGUGAAUCUCGCAGUAUUAUCGCUUGUUCCGUCGCAAAACAUCUCGUAAUCAUCAAAAAACCGCAUCAAGCAUCUGCGCGACAUAAAAAUGUCCUAAAAUUGUUUGCGGUUGCGAGGCGAAAAAACACACAACGAGAGACAAUUGACUGCAUUUUAUGCGUGAAUCAUCAAACCUCUACUUACUUUUGAACAAUCGACGAGGAGCGGAGUAAGAGACACAAACAAAAAAAAGGUAGCAUGGCAUCAUCAGCUUCGAGCACGGCGACGUUAUCAGUGGCAUCGCCGCCGCCCAAAAGUGCGUCAAACAACAACGGGGUAGCGGCAGACUCGGUUUCCAUUGCGUCGUCGUACAGCCAGAUCAGUCAGUGUCCCGAUCGACACGGGUUUUAUGGCGGAUUUCAGUUUAGCGAGAGACCAAAGGAGGUGUUGUCGCGUGCCCAGAUCAUGUCGCGCGAGAAAAAGUGGCUGCACAUGAUGAGUAAUUGGAAUGUUUAUAUGAACAAGAAUUAUAAGAAGGUUCGAGAACGUUGUCGCAAAGGCAUCCCAACAUCACUGCGAUCUCGUGCAUGGUACUACCUUUCCGGCGCCGAAUUAUUACACAAAAAUCAACCAAAUCGCUACGAGGAAUUACUCGCGGAACCCGGAGACCCUCACAUCAUCGACGAAAUCAAGAAGGACCAACAUCGCCAAUUCCCGCUACACGAAAUGUUCAUGGACGAAGACAAGCCAGGCCAGAAGGAAUUAUUUAACGUUCUCAAAGCAUACUCAAUCUACAAUCCAAAAGUGGGAUAUUGCCAGGCACAAGCUCCCAUCGCUGCCUUCCUGCUGAUGCACAUGCCCGCAGAACAGGCAUUUUGGGUGUUUGUCAGUAUCUGUGAUAAAUAUCUCGAAAAUUAUUUCACGCCGGGCCUCGAAAUGCUGCAACGCGACGCCCAAAUGUUGCAUGGGCUGCUGAAGAAGACGUCGCCCGCCGUUUAUCGACACUUGCAAAAGCACAAAAUCGACCCUCUCAUGUACAUGACAGACUGGUUUUUGUGCGGACUCACGCGAACGUUGCCCUGGGACACGUUGUUGCGUGUUUGGGACUGUUUCCUCUGCGAGGGCAUUAAGAUAUUGUUCAAAGUGGCUUUGGUAAUACUCGGUGCGGCACUCGGCUCACACAAAGUACGAAAAGCAGCUAAUGGACAGUGCGAGACGUUGGAAGUGCUGCGAAAUCCGCCGCCAAAGUAUCUGGAUGAGGAUUUUAUCAUGCAUCACAUGUUCCGUCUCAACAUUACCGUCGAAGAUCUGAUCCACGAACACAAGCGACAAGAGCAACAGCACCGCAAAGCCGCCAAAAGUCCUUGAGACGAGGAGCAGGAGCCCUCGGGCGCCCCUGUCUGUCGUUACUAACAAUCACGGAACGGUAUGACUGUAAAUUUUGUGUCAUAAAAUUUCAUAAUUCUAAUUUUUUGCUGCUGAAUUGAAUUUUCUUUUACAAAAAUAACUUAACAUUACUCCCCUUAUUUACUGAUGGAUGAAAUAAUCUUAACUGUAUGAUUUUACACAGCACACGUACAAUAAUAAAAUAAUGCGAAUAACAAUAUUAUCCCAUAUUAUAAGUACAUAUAUCAUAAAAUGCACCGCAACUCAUCGUACAUUCAUGGAAUUAUAGAAAAAAACUGUAAAAACAACAAAAAUUUAUAUAAUAUAUUAGCGAUAAAUUGAUAUAGCAAUACACAAAAAACUACCAAGUAGUGAAAAAAAAAAUAAAAAUAAGAAAAAAACUAGGAGAUUAACAUUCAAACAAAAGAAAAAAAACUUUACCUGAAAUAAUGGGAAUCGAUUUGUGCGACAAAAGAAGCAGGUCUCGUUGAAUGAUUUUGCGGCGUGAAAUCAUCUUUGUUCGCUUUGGCGGUAAAUUAAGUGUGAAACUGCUUGAGAGACCUCGAAGACGGUGAAAUUUGAGUCUCAUUCAAAUUUUCAUCUUCUUCAGCAUUUAAAAUUGAAUGUCUUUGAAAAAAAUCGAAUAUCUUUCCAAUUUUCCAUUAAAUCGUAAAAGGGAAAAUCCGGCCAAGAAAUAAAAAAAAUACAUUUCCAAGCACAAAUCCCCCCAUUUAUUGUCAUUGUCAUUCAUUAGUUCGAGUAGAAGUAAUUUUUGAUACACAAUGCAAGAAAAAAAAACAAAAGAAAUGUGUCUGAAGUAGAAUUUUUGUAAGAUAUGAGGACAUUUUAUUUUUAAAUUAACAUGAUUUUGAUGUAAGGACUCUUUAAUUGAAGAUUAAUUUAAUAUAAAAAUAAAAUUUAAUAUAUAUCGAUAUUUAC